AUGGUUGAGCUGAUUUUUGGUGGCCUCGAUGCAGGUGUGAAGGGAAAAGAGAGGCAGACUGUAGGCGAAAUCUACGAUAUUUUCGACUCGCUCGCGUCAGAACUCUGGCCAACAACAACUUCAUCUUCGGGCGGGAACGAUAAUUCUGACGACGACGACGAUGGUGCGAAUGAAGGGUUGAGUUUGGAAGAACAGAUAAAGAGAGAGGUGUCGGAUAUGAAGAAGCCUAGGAAGGAGCAGCUGUUUGUCGUCUUUAUCUCGUGCAAACCGCCUGUUGAUCCUGUGGAGCUGGUGAUGAAGUAUGUUAAGACUGUGCAGGAGACUGGGGCGUCGAGGACGAGGCAUACACAACGCCUGGUACCAGUCAUGGAUACCUGCUACGCCGCUAUUCCCGAUAUCAAGGAACUCUGCCAGAAGGUGUUCUCUGCGUUUUUUGAAAAGGAGGGGGAUAAGAAGUUCAAAUACAAAAUCGAACUUCGAAUCCGGAACCACACCACCCUCAGCCGAGAUACACUCAUUCAACAUAUUGCGUCUUGGGUGCCUGAAGGACAUACAGUCUCGCUAAACGAGCCUGAUAUCUUCAUUUUGGUCGAGGUGUUUAAGAGCAUAUGUGGCGUCUCUAUCGUGAAAGACUACUACAAGUUUUCCAAGUUUAACGUUCUGGAGUUGGCUAAUGCGAAGAAGAGGAAGGAUGCGGAUGAGGGGGCGGAUGGGGCUUCAAGGACGAAGUGA